GAGAGAGACACACACAGCAAAAGGGAGAGAGAGAGAGAGAGAGAGUGAGCUACACCAGGAAAAAAGUGGCAAAGACAAAGGACUGAGCAGGCUUUGGAAGAAGAGCAGGGAGUUGGAGCAGUUUUUAGACCGGUUUAUGAGAGUCCAGCUGAGCCACCACCGCCGGGAAGCGGCCAGGAGCAUCUUUCUCUGCUCGGCAUCAACUCAACUCCUGUUGCAUCUUGUUCCAGUGGAAGUGACGCGUUCAUGGUCAGCAGUCCGGUGAUGGAAAGAACUGCAAAGCUAUAGGGGUUGGUGACUGGAUGGAAAGAGCUGUCAGCACACACACACACACACACACAGAGAGAGAGAGAGAGAGAAAAAAGCAGCGAGGAUGGAGGAAGUGGAAACACACAGAGAGCAACCAACGGUUAUUUGAUUGACGACACCACUGUGUGUGUUGUUGGAGGAGUAAUUUUUGACUUGGGAGCAUCUGGAGUAUCUUUGUUUGUGAUUUUUCUUCUCUUUUUUUUUUGUUCGUUGUUGUUGAGCUCCAGUUUUUUUGUGCGCCCUCUCUUCCCGGUGACCUUUCUUCUCACAUAUCCUUCUAGAGAGAGCAGGUGUUAAAGAGCCACAGGUCUCAUUUACCUUGCAACCCCCCACCAUACACCGUACACGGCAGACACACAAGCUCCUCUCUUCCAAAGCGGCUGAGAGGUUGCUAUGGCAACGGUUGUCAUGAUGCCGAUGUAGCGUCCUGAAGGUAGUAGUAGUGGAGCCUGGAGGAGGAGGUGGUGGUGGCGGCGGCGGCGGCAGUGGUGGUGAACGUCCAGGGAUGGGGAGUGCUCCGUAUCCAGCCGGCGAGUGGAAGGGGAAGGGGCGAGGCGGCCUGCAGGAGCUGGGCUGCAUGCCCUGGAAGGUCAGCAAGCAGAAAGGAGGAGGAGGAGGAGGAGGGGAGGUGGUGGUGGGAGCGGAGGAGAGGAGGUGCAGGGAUCCCAGGGACUCUCAGCAGCAGCAGCAGCAGGAUCUCUCGUCUUCCUCGUCCUCCCUCACCCCGUCAGCGCCUCCCCAGUCCUCUCUGACACCUCCGGCCAUUUAUCACGAGAAGCAGCGGAGGGAGCUGUGCGCCCUGCACGCGCUCAACAACGUCUUCCAGGACGGGACAGCUUUCAGUCGGGACACCCUGCAGGAGAUAUACCAGAGGCUUUCUCCCAGCACUCUGGUGACGCCACAUAAGAAGAGCAUGCUGGGAAAUGGGAACUAUGAUGUAAAUGUCAUUAUGGCAGCCCUGCAGACCCGAGGGUUUGAGGCAGUUUGGUGGGAUAAAAGAAGGGAUGUAGGCAGCAUCGAGCUGUCCAACGUGACGGGCUUCAUCCUGAACGUGCCGUCCAACCUGCGCUGGGGGCCGCUCCGGCUGCCGCUCAAACGUCAGCACUGGAUCGGAGUCAGAGAGGUGGGAGGGGUCUACUACAACCUGGACUCCAAGCUACGAAGCCCUCAACCAAUCGGCAGUCCGGAUGAGCUCAGGAAGUUUCUCCGCCAGCAGCUGCGAGGGAAGAACUGUGAACUCCUAUUGGUCGUGUCAGAGGAAGUGGAGGCGCACCAAACGUGGCGGUCUGACGGCUAAGGGGUCGGCUAACCAGCCAGUCACAGCUCCAGCUAGGCCAACGGGCCAAUCACAGAAUGGACGGGAGAGGAAGUAGAGUCGUGCACAGCCAACAAACACAUGGAUGCACACUUAACAGAUGUAUUGUUUUUCCCCUCUUUUUUGGGUUUUGUUUACACGGCCAUUGCUGGACUCUUACCUGACAAGGUGCAAAGCAAUGAAGGAAGCAAACACUUUACAGGGAGAAUCAAAGAAUCACAGUCCUUUACUCACAACACAGUUAAGACUUAUGAGAAGUUAUUAUUCUGUUUCUGCUAUUCCUGUGUUUUUAUAUAUAUUGACUAUUUUUCAAUGUCAGUUUUGAUCUGUUAAUUUUUUUUUUCCUUUUUACUGUUGAAGUUUCCAAAGUCUUGGGAGUUCAGGCUUUAUGAGAAAUGCUGUGUUUAUCUUCCUGUCUUCUUCAGUGAUCCUCCCUGCUUUAGCCAUGAUGUUCACUGAUGUGUCUUAGUGUUCUCGUCUCUCCCUUUACGUCGUGAAUCUCUCUGUCCGUAUUCUCCGUCCUCCUUCACUUUCACCAAAGCACGCCCUUCCUUGCCUCAGUGUGAAUCCAUCUCACUCCUCCUCCUCCUCCUCCGUCUGUCCCACUUUUCAUAUCACAGGUCAAAAACCAGUGAUGUAUCACGUUGCCAACUUUGUAUUUCAUCCACUUUUCCAAACACCUCUGGCACAGACUGAGCCUACACUGUGCAGGAGGCUGUGCUGACACAACAGUUUUAUAUGGCAACAAAGCAAUGCAACACCAAGGCCAAGCACUCCCUCUAGUGGAUGUUUGCCUCAGUUUCCUUCCAUUUCUUCCUUUUUUUGUUUAGUUUUUCACAUUUAAAUGGUCACUUUUACGUAAUGAAGGCGGCUUGUCAACAAAAAAAUAAUGCAAUACCUCUAGAAUUAUACUGUAUCAUGAUUGAAUAAUCGUCAAGUUAGGGAGAGAAACCUGCUAAAAGUAAAAUCUGUUACUAUAAUCUGACAGAAAUUGGCCUGCAUUAAUCCUACAGCGUUACAGUACCGUUUCUACUUUGGAAAAAAGGUCAACAAAACACUUACUCGCUUGUUCUGGAGCUUUUGAUCGAAUUACACGGUGCUUCUUUGCAGGCAGAGACAGACAGGAAGAUGUUCAAACUUUUCAAUAGGCAGUAAAUUAAUCUGCAUUUUUAAAACUUUUACAAGUUAUUUUCUGGACAAAAAGAUGCUAAAAACUCAUAUUCCAGCUCUGCACACAUGUUAUAUAAUAUUUGCUGGUUUUCUUGGUCAUCUAUGAUAGUAAACUGAAUAUUUUUGUUUUGGCUGUUUAAAUAUAUAAACUGGAAAAAUUGUGAGGGAGAUUUUUCAUAAUUUCUGAC